UAUCAGACUGCAAACGGUGUAACAAUAACAGAAAAUGCUGAUUGCAAGCGAAAUGAUCGUAUCUGUGGUGUGAAUAUUGCGAAUUAAUCGGUUGCCGCGAUAGAAUAUCGGCUCUUAGGGAUAUUUGUUUGUCUACUCGACAGACAUUCCAAUCACAUGUUCUCGUUUUAAGCGAUUUGUUCCCAAGGUGUGUAGUUCCGAUUUACAAUGUCUUUCCCCGAUAACGACGACAUGUCGCCAUCUUCGACGUUCUCGAUGGACGACGACGAGAAUGGCAGCGUCAAGAUGGAAAACAAGGAUCUUACAGAUUCUGACGAAGAAGGCAAAGAAAAUCGCGAGAAACAUACUGAAAUACAAGAGCAAGUGUACCAAGACAAGCUGGCCGGUAUUCAAAAGCAAUUGCAACAACUUCGAGAAGGUACACACAUAGAAUAUGUCAAGCAAUUGAAGAAAUUAGAUCUUCAACAAAAAAACCAGCUAAUGAUGAACAAUUUAUGGCGAGAUUGUUUGCUCGAUGCUAUUGAAAGAGAGUUUAUUAGAGAACGUCGUCUAGCUCAUAAAGAGUUUGAGGAUCGUAGUGCUGAACUUACAGAAAAUCUGAUAGCCGAGUUGAAUGAAAGAAAAAAAGCAAUAGAACAUGACAAUUUAAAUAUGGAACUUUCUCCAGACUCGGCAGAUCAGAAGCCUGCUAUGACAAGAAAAUUGAGAAGAAGACCAAAUGACCCUGUGGUGCCAGCUCCACAAGAAAAACGUCGCAAACCACCUCCAGUAUCAAAUAUCUACUAUCAGUUACAAGAACAUGAAAUUGAAAUGGAUGUCAAAGCUAUUCAAGAAUCCAUAGCUUCCAUUCCAUCUACUUCGACUACAGCAACUGCAACAGUCAAAACGCGUGAAACAGUCAAUUCUACAUCAAUAAGAAAACCAGGAUUUCUUCCAAGUUCAAGUGCAUCAACUGGAAAUAUGAGUCCAAAAAUAUGUCCAAAUUCUGAUACUGAAGGUUCAUCAGCCAUACCCGAUACAAGAAUUGAAGAUGGAAAACUGCUUUUUGAAAAAAGAUGGUAUCAUCGAGGACAACCAGUUUUCGUUGAAGGAAGGCAAAUGGCUAAAUUUCCAGCCGUUAUAUCUGCUAUUGGCAAUGAAACUAUUUGGGUAAAGAAAACUUUGGACAACAGUAAAUUUCGAAUUAACUUGUCUUACCUAUCAAAAGGUAAAAUGUCAAUCAAACGUAGAGCUGCUGUUUAAACAACUACUUUUAUCUCAAUAUAUACAUUUAUAUUAA